AGAAGAAAAAAAAAAAAGUGUGUUCAAGAAGGGAUUAUAGUAUAGUAUAGCAUAAUAAGCUUCCUUCCCUGAUCUGCUACUGCUAUGUCAAAAUUCUGUAGAGUCUAAACCAAACCAAACCGAAACCAUAUAUUCCAAAGCUGUUUUUGAUUUUUCAGUAACAGGUUGAAUCAUUGAUGUCAAAUAGAUUUGAGCUGACAAAUGGGGAAAAGGAAGUCAAAGGCUAAGCCUCCACCAAAGAAGCGAAUGGACAAGCUUGAUACUGUCUUCAGUUGCCCCUUCUGCAAUCAUGGAACCAGUGUCGAAUGUCGUAUUGAUAUGAAGAACUUGAUUGGAGAAGCUCUUUGUGGGAUCUGCCAAGAGAGUUUUAGUACAACUAUAACAGCUUUAACCGAACCCAUAGAUAUAUAUAGUGAAUGGAUUGAUGAAUGUGAGCGGGUCAACAACCUUGAAGAUGAUGGUGCGUAGGAAGCCAUUAAGAUGUUAAUAAUGCUGUUUCUCUGUUGGAAGAGAGAGAGCAAACCAAAAAGUAUGUAGCUACUGUGUCUGGGUGUCUUGAGAGGUCACCAUAUUUCUGAAUUCGAUAUAGGACUUCUCCAUGUAUAGUAAGUUUGUAAUACUUUAGACGACAGUUUGGUAAAUAUAUGAAUCUUCUAACUUAA